GUCAAGAAAUCUAUUACAAUUGGUGUGUGCUCAUUUAAAUGUCAUUUUGACAAUUACUGGCAGCAGCCGCAGGCGAAUCUACAAGCACUUGUGCUAAAGGAACAUAACAAGGACAAUAUGGGUAAUGCUUAUGCUCGUGCCAUUAAGCCGGAUGUGACGCCCGGUCCCGACUGUGUGCCCUCAUUUGAUCCAAUGCUGGGGUUUGAAUCGCGCAAGGAGCGUGUCAUGAUUGCAACUGUUGAAGAGAUGGAAUCUGCCAAACUGACUCUCGAAGAACGAGACUACUGCGCACACAAAUUGCUAAAAUACCGAUCCUGCCGUGCGGAUUACUUUCCUUUUGUAUAUAAAUGUCAUCAUGAGAAACACGACUAUCUUACAUGCGAAUAUGAGGACUACGUGCUGCGGAUGAAGGAGUUUGAACGUGAGCGUAGAUUGCUCGAACGCCAGAAGCAGAGUCAGAAACAGCAGAGUGCUUAGAUUUCAGGAUAUUAAAUAGUUCUUGAAACUAAUUUUCAUCUAGCAUAAAUGCAUUGCGAUUUUAGUAGUGCUCUGCGGUUUUAUUUUGCAAUACAAACGAAAAUGCAUUGGCCGCUCAAAUAUCUUACGUAGCUUCAAAUGAAAUUAUCGCAAAUAGUUAAUGAAAGUAUAUUCAAUAAAUAAACCGGAAUUAAAUAUGCGACCACCGGAUAAGGUA